UAAUCAGAUUCAGGUAUCUGUUAAUGAAAAUAUAUAAAAAUCCAAAUACUCACACAUGUACAAACACACAACACACAUGGACAUAUCGGCAUACACAUAUAGUAACUAAUAAAUUCUCUUUGGCUGAAUCGAAUGGACCGAAUUCUGUUGGUUUUCUGCCUAUUUCUCUGCCUUGACUGUUUGAUGGCCACCGAGGAAAUGGAAAAUUUUAUACCAGAGCGUUGUCGCUACUUGAAAUCGCACGAGGAGGUCCUGCAGCGGAAAUGCUCCGGCCACUAUCCCCUGGUGGCGGUCACCAAAUUCCGGGACACAUUUAUCGAGGCUGGCGAACCAUUCGCCCUGUACAUGACCGCCUCGCUGGACUAUGUGCUGGUGCUGAUGAAGGCCUCGCCGCUGCACAACUGCCAAAAGAUGCGCUUCCUGGACGUGAAGAGUUUCAACUGCCUGAGCCGGGGCGAGGAUGAGAACAACACGGUGCUGCUGGACAGCGCGGCUAUGUACUGCUUCCCGUUCCACAUCCAGCUGCCCGACGAUCUCAUGCAGAUGUGCCUCAUGGAGAACGAGAUGGGCUCGGAUCCGCUCACAGAUGUGCUCAAAACGAAACGCGGUGUCAUCCACUAUGCCCUCGGCGACAAUGGGGCCAUUGGCAUUGGCCCCGCAUCGCUUCGACUCCUCCUGGCUCUGCCAUUGUCCAUCUGCAUGGCAGCGACUUUAAGGGCGUUCGCCGAUCACUGAUCACUGAUUCGGUUUGAAUCAUAAUGCGAGUCAUAAACAUUUAUGUGGCUACCCAUAAAGCUUAAUCGGACGGGGCGGGGAAGCACAGAAAAAAAAGAAAAAAUUAAAAAAAUUACAAACCAACCAACAAAAUAUGAUGUGAAAACGAUUCAAUUUGAAUCUGGAUUAUUUUAUCGCCCGGCCUUGAAAGUUUCAGCAUUAUUUACUUUAAUUUAAAUCAAAAAUCAACAACAACAAAAUAAACCAAAAUUAA